CGACUGGUUGCAUACACGUUAGACCUGGUAAUCUGUCCUGAUAACAGUAUCUAUGUAAACACAUACUCCAAUUAUUUUUAAUAAUGCAUUAUUUAAAAUCUUAAAUGAUUGUGAGCUAAAUGUGUAAGGUCACAAAGUGGUUUAAUCGAAAAUGGCCAUCAGGACUGUAAAAUCAAGAUAAAUUUAUUUAAAAAAGCACAAUUUGAGCACCGAGCAAGAUAAAGCAAGAUUAUUCAAGUUUUAUCAUCCCUGAUAUAUCAGAAGAUACAAACAGCAAUGGCACAGAUCCCUCAAAUCAAGUACACAAAACUAUUCAUUAACAACAACUUUGUGGAUGCUGUGAGCAAAAAAACAUUUCCUGUUGAAAACCCAGUAAAUGGGGAGAUUGUGGCUCAUAUUGCAGAAGGGGACAAGGCAGAUGUAGACAGAGCUGUGGUCGCUGCCAAGGCAGCUUUUUCUAGAGGAUCAACUUGGAGAUCAAUGGAUGCUUCAGCUAGGGGUGUACUCAUGUACAAAUUAGCGGAUCUUCUGCUCGGACAUAUAAAAGAUCUAGCUGCUCUGGAAACACUAGACAAUGGAAAACCAUACACUGACUCACUCUUCGACAUUCAGUGUUCAGCUGAUGUUUUCAGAUAUUUUGCUGGGUACUGCGACAAGAUCCAUGGUAAUACCAUACCCUCAGAUGGUAACUACUUUGCUCUAACUCGAAAAGAGCCAAUAGGGGUAGUUGGACAAGUAAUCCCAUGGAACUACCCACUGUUGAUGUUGUCAUGGAAAUGGGGACCAGCACUAGCAGCUGGAUGUACUAUUGUACUUAAACCCGCAGAACAGACACCUCUAACAGCCUUAGCUGCUGCUGCACUCACUAGGGAAGCAGGGUUUCCUCCAGGUGUCAUCAAUGUUAUUCCAGGUUAUGGACCAACGGCGGGAGCAGCUUUGUGUUUACAUCCUGAUGUCAGGAAAAUAGCCUUUACUGGAUCCACAGACAUUGGGCACAAGAUCAUGGAAUACUCUGCAUCCUCAAAUUUGAAAUCUGUAUCUUUGGAACUGGGAGGAAAAAGCCCGUUGGUUAUAAUGAAUGAUGCUGAUGUUGAUGAAGCGGUAGAGAUUGCAUUCAAUGCAAUCUUCGCCAAUCAUGGCCAGAAUUGCUGUGCUGGCUCAAGAACAUUGGUACAAUCUGGAAUAUAUGAUGAAUUUGUAAAAAAAGCGACUGCAAGAGCAAAAGCCAGGAAAAUUGGCGAUCCUUUUCAAGAAGGAGUUGAACAUGGCCCUCUCAUUGACAAACCCCAGUUUGAGAAAGUCCUUCGUAUGAUAGAAUCUGGCAAACAAGAAGGAGCUAAACUAGAAACAGGUGGAAAGAGGUGGGGUAACACUGGUUACUAUGUAGAGCCUACAGUCUUCUCAAACGUCACAGAUCAAAUGACUAUUGCUAAAGAAGAGAUCUUUGGACCUGUUCAAAGUAUUUUCAGGUUCGAUUCAUUGGAAGAAGUUAUUGAAAGGGCAAAUGGCACUCCAUAUGGCCUUGCAGCUGGAAUCAUCACCAAAAAUAUAGAUGAUGCUAUGACAUAUGCACAGGCUGUAGAAGCGGGAUCUGUUUGGAUCAAUUGCUAUGAUGCUAUAACACCCCAGACACCUUUUGGGGGAUACAAGAAAUCUGGAUUUGGAAGAGAUCUUGGAGAAGAUUCACUCAAGGACUACCUACUUACAAAAACGAUUUCUAUAAAAGUGCCUACAAAAAAUUAAUAGAAAUCAUGAAAUGAUUAUUUAUAUUGUUAUACCAUUAUUAUUUUUAAUUGUUCUAUAUUAUAAAACAUAUUAAACUAUC